GCGUGUCCUUCAGACACAGCCGGAGACUUCUGUCUGUUUAAACUAUCAAGUACUGACCUACCAGCUCUUGGCAUCGAGCGUUUUAAAAGCAUACGCUUUCUUAAUCUCUCUACCAAAAUUUCAAACGAUUGUAUGUCGUUACCUAUUUCCAGGACAAGUGAAACUGAAGACCUCGAACAAAAAAAAACAGCAGGGCUUGGGGCUUGGUAUUUCAUUCUGUCCCAUUGAACUUCUGGGAUAAGAUUCCCAAUCAUGGUAAAUUGGGUCCUGUUACCAAGGCUGUUGAUGUUACUCCUUUUAACCCAAACCUUUGGACAAGCCCAACGGAUGACUCAAGAUGCUUUACUCAUGCAAUACAUUGAGAGACGCAUCAUGCUACUCGAGGACCGGCUGGAGAAAUGUAACCAAGACAUGAACAAGUACGUCAGGGAGUUUAGAGACUUCCGGAAAGAAAUCACAGUUCGCUUGGAUGGGUUGAACAUUUACAAAACUGAGUUCAAGAAUGAGGUGGAGAAUCUUGGAUCCAGAAUUGAGAGGAUUGAAAAAGACAUUGAUUAUCUGGAGGCACAGCAGCCAACUCAACCAUGCGUGGAGGUUGAUGACAAAUUGAUUGAAGAGCAGAUCCAGCAAGCAGAAGAAAAGAAAAAGGCCAAGCUCCGGAUGGCUUCAGAUUGCGACCUCUUGCUUGCUGGCAUCAAAUCGCUGAAAAUUGUUAAGAAAGCAGGUGACACCCAGGGCUCUUGGAUAAAGGACCCUGUCCGAGAUUCUCAGAAGAUUUAUUUCUUGAGUGGAACCAGCGGCAAUGUUCUUACCGAGUUCGGGGGCAUCAAGGCUUUCACAGAGGGCGUGGGCAGGCAAGUGGCUAAAAGAGUGGUCCUCCCCUUUGCCUGGCAGGGGACGGGUCAUGUGGCAUACAAUGGAUUCCUGUACUUACACCGCAAUGGCACCUUCAACCAGAUCAUCAAAUUUGACAUCCGGAAUGGGACGAUCAAAGACCGCAUGCUCCUGCAGGGGGCAGGCCAUGCGCCGGUCUACCAACUCUCACCGUACACCUUCAUUGACUUGGCCGUGGAUGAGCAGGGCCUCUGGGCCAUCCACGCUGAGCCAGACGAUGGUGGUGGCAUCAUUGUGGUCACCAAGAUUGACCAUGGCAGCCUAGCGGUAGAACAUUCCUGGGCCACCUCCUGCUCCAGCAAGGGGGCUGAGGCGGCCUUCAUGAUCUGUGGCACCCUUUACGUCGUCUACAACACCCAUCACGGCAGUCGCUCUCGUGUCCAGUGCCUCUACGAUGUCACCGACAUAGUCACCAGUGCUGAUUUGCCAGUCCUGUACUUCCCCAAACGUUAUGGCAAACACUCCAUGAUCCACUACAACCCCCGGGAGCAUCAACUCUAUGCCUGGGAUGAAGGUUAUCAGACGAUCUACAAACUCAUCACAAAAAGGAAGCUGGAAAGUCGACCAGCUUUCCAAUAAUUUCCAUCUUCUUUUUAUUUUUACACACGCUAUUAUAAAGUGGCCUAAAUUGCUGACCAAUGGUUAUCAAUCCUGUAGCUCAACCAAUAUAACCCAUCCCACACCUAAACUGAAUGACUGGCUUUUUAUUUUGAUUCACCCAAAGCCUUUUCCCCACCGAUAUAGCACAAGUCAGAAAUCUCAUGGAAUACUCUCCAUUUGCCUGGACGAGUGGAACUCCAACAACACUCAAGAGGCUUGACACCAUUCAGAACAAAGUAGCCUUCUUGUUUGGCAUCCCAUCCACCACCUUAAACAUUC